CACCAUGUCAGACUCAGAAAAAGAUCUUUCAAGUCAUAUCCGACGUAUUCUUCAUGACUAUGCGCCACAACAUCUCACGUACAACUAUGUCGAUUUCACAGAACAAGCCGUCUCUGAGGUAUCCCAGUUAAAUUCCCUUCCAAGCUGCCUCACUCUGCAUGAAACAGAUACUCUCCCAAGGUUUACGACAAGUUCCAUUGUCAGAUUCAUACUCCCUUCGACCUCCUACCGAGCCAUUCGAAGUACUAACGCGGGUGCAUCACCUUGCCUCGUUACCUCAGUACCAAGAAAUGUUUCAAAUGUCUGCAGAUGCGCAACACUUUUUCCACCGUAAAUGUCAGAAGAUACUGGUCAAGACCUCUAGACCCAAAUCCGAACGUGUCAUUCAUGAUAAUGAUUAUGAUUGUGGUUUUCCUGAAGAGCAUUCUCAUGUAAUUCUGUCGCGACGUGCACGGCAGCAGACCCCAAAGCCAGGGCCGAACCGUUUUCUUUCCUCUCUCCCAAAAGAAGCGCAGAAGUUCCUUCUUUCAAAGCCAGUCAAAAUGAAGCAAGUCUCCGUGAAUCCUGUGGAAAAUGUACCACUAAACACGGACAAAACCCUGAAUCUUACCUGGAAUCUCACGCCAGAUAUGUUGAAGGAGGUGAACCUACUGUUAAAAUCGACUGCUGCACUUUCCGUUCCUGGUCCAUCAUAUAGGAAUCAGUACCUUGACCGAUCUGCACGAAGGGAUUCAUCUCCACUGCCAACUGAAGACGGGACCUUGUUUGACCGAGAUUUCACACCAUUGUUUCCCCGAACGUUGCGUCCAGGGACAGGCAGGACCGUCACGAAGGGAUCACGGCUCAAGAACGAGGACUCUACCCCUUUUUUCGUCCUACCUCCGCCUUCGAUGAAAGACCUACCACUCUCCCCUACCGAGAUGUCAGAGUUUAAAAAGGAAGAGGAGGAACUGUACAAACAAAAUAUACUGCUUGUCAACGGCUGGCAGACCUAUAAUUUUUCUUCCCCUACGCGCGAGACAGAUAUUUCAGCACCAAAUUCAAGUCAGGGCAGCGACCAGAUCGAUGAAUUAUUAUUCUCUAGGGUUUCAUCUCCCUUUACGGAUCCGUCGUCUGUAGACAUACCUAAGUUCGAUCCACCUGUAAUUGCUCGAUGCCACCGAAUCGGCGGGGCUAGGUCAAGACCCAAAAUCCAAACCCUCGGCGCAGGGAAGAGCCUAGCAGCUUUCCUUUUAGGCAUGGUGCCACAGCUCUCCGAUCAGGACCCCGAAGGUACUAUUCCUCCUGAGCACACCGAAUGUGACUCCGAUCCCGUCCAAUCUACGGCCGCUCAGGCAACAUCAUUCAUUGACGAGAAAACCGAAGAAAGACCUGAUGCUUGCAUUGAGGCGAACUCAAGCUUGGAACUACAGGGUCUAUAUAAAAACCUUAGCGAGGACCCCAUGAACUUUAUCCUGAACGAGAAGCUAGAUCAUAACACUAUGAUGAUGGAAGCUCCGCGAUUGCCACCUCCCAAUAUUCAUCCUGCUGUCGACCCACAAUUACCCGCGAAACUCUCCGAUCUGGUUUCGGAAACGAAGAAUGAGUCGAAAAAAGCGGUCAAUACUAUAAAUGGGACAUACCAGUAUGGACCCAGAAUCCUCAAGAAGGCCAGAGGGGUUCAAGCAGUGACGCUCGCUUUGUCGUGGGUAUCUUUUAGUGUUCAGUACCGCCUUCCAACGCACAUGGAAAUGGUUGGUGUGACCACCUCGCAACUAAUUGACAAGGAUGACAACAAGAACGGGUUAUCGCGUGAACAGUUGAAAUCCGGUGUAACGGUUCUACUCGAUAGUGUAUCGCGUCUGGCUUGUACUCCAACGACCGACAACACCAUCGAAGUUUGGGACCGUAUGUCGCAUGAUGAAACAGAGGUUACGACUGAUGUGGAACUCCGAGAUGAUAUGCAUAUAUCCGAUAUCAUCCUCACUAGGGAGGAAAGGAGGAGGCUUGCUGGGAUAGAGACUAACGACAGCAAAAUGGGGUCGGCGGAGUUUUCACUGACCCUGGAUUACAAUAUAGCGGGUGGUCGUGAUGACAAGCCGGGAGGAGGUGGCGUUGAAAAGGAUGACCAAGGAAUUACCCUCCAGAAGUACGGUGCACUCCAGUACGAUGGACUCGAAACAGGAAAUAGCGACAAGGAAAAUGAAUAUUCGGUUCCUUUACACGAUGAUCAUGAAGAGUUAGGAAGGCCAUCGAAACGACUACGGUUGCAUAGUGCGACGCCAUCUGUAGACGAUUCUGGAAUCUCCUUAGGUCUUGAUCUGUCGGGACAGGGGCGGUUCCAAGUGGAAGACCGGUCCAAUGAGUGCAUGGACAUCUUCCUAUAUGAUGAGGCCCGGGACGGCGCAACUAAAACCAUAUGGAGUCUAGAGGGACAUCCUCAAGAUACUAAUGAUCAGGGCAUGAACGACUGUCGUCCGGAAUCAGUUGAAAUCGGUGUAGGCUCAGGUCCCCUCACGGUAGUGGCUGGCGAUCAAUAUCUUCCGGAAAACUCUCAAUUUCAAGCUCUCUGCUUUGAUUCACAGUGCGCGGGAAUACCAACACCGAAUACUUGUCUAAAUGCCCUAUCGACUGAGUUCGCGUCCACUAUCUUUCCGUCUUCUACCCUUCAACCUGAACCGCAAACUGAAGUUGCAUGCAAGUCGGGGACCUCAGCUCUCACCGACAACUUCUCUCCCAGUAUCGAAACCUACCAUAUAUCUGCUGGCAUUGCUGAAUUUGCCAAACUCCGCGCUAAACGGCUUCCCAUUGACAUUUCUGCUUGUGCUUCUGACAUACCGAGUUCUCAUCUUCCUUCUGACAACCCUACCAACAACGAAAACCCAAACAAGCCUCUAUCCGGCCCUCUCAAGAGUAUCCCUCAAGAAACAUCCUGUCAAUACACAAGACAGCUUUCAUCAGCAUGGGCGCUUCCAACGUCGGCUCAUUGGUAUCUAGCUUCCAUGUCCUUUGUCCAAAAACAGGCCCUUGUAAGAUAUCUUUGCUCGGAGACGUGUGGUGUUGGAAUCGUCGAACGUGAGGACUUGAACGGCGUGGACCUCAUACUUGACCCUAACACCGCUAUCAUUUUCUCCAAUCUCCGAGCUCUACCUUCUGAAUGUGACUCUCUAGUUACGCUCGUCUCUGAACAAUCUUGGAGGUAUACCCGGCUACUGAUUAUAUUCGAAGCUUAUCCCCCGUCGUGGUCCCUCAAGUCCACUACUCACGAUUCGGAAACUCUUAACAUAUUCACACCUCCGGUUCUUAAAUGUGUCAAGAAACUGAGGAGAGACUUAUCUAUUGCGGAGGGAUGUGGCAAAAAGCGAAGCGCGUGCCAAGUGUGCGAUGCUUUCGCCAUUGACGUUGACGAGGCGGCGAAACACACCAGGAAUUUCGGUGACUUCGCAGCAUCAAGUAAUGAUAACGAUAACUAUCGAACAUUUUGGGGAGACCGAAGCUGGCUGGUGGAAGGCGACGUUUCGGAGGUAGCCGUCCGCGAUAAAGCCAUUAUUAUCACUCACUCAUCUCUUGCCGUGACUCGCAGGACGAACACGGUCUAG